CGCUGUCAGCCGGCAGCAGUCGCACAGCAUCAGCCUCCUCCUCUUUACAUGGAGCAGAGUGGCUCGGCACAGCUGUUUGACUGAAAAUGGAUGUCAACAUUGUUGUUAUGGGCACGGAGAGCGUCGGGAAGUCAGCGCUGACUGUGCGCCUCUUAACCCGGCGAUUCAUCGGAGAGUAUGGGGAUAUAGAGUCCAUCUAUAGUCACAGUUUCAUGGUCGAUGGGAGGGAGAUUUCUCUCAAUAUCUGGGAUUCACCUUAUUCUGAGGAUUCGUCCAUGGAGACGUCACUCUUUGAGAAAAAGGUCCAGUGGGCAGACGGUUACAUACUCGUCUACAGCAUCUGUGACAGGGCCAGCUUCAACAGCGUCAGCAGGCUCAUUCAGACCAUCAAGUCCACCAAAGACUACCUGAACGCAGACAAAGCGCCCAUAGUGAUUGUGGGCAACAAGAGGGACCUGCACCAUAGGCGGACGGUGCUGAGCGAGGAGGGCCGGCUGCUGGCCCUCAAUACGGACUGCCACUUCUACGAAGUGUCGGCGGCCGAGAACUACCACAGCGUGCUCAUGGUGUUUCACGGGCUGGUGGACAGGAUGAAGGACGCCAAGCUGACCACAAAGAAGCCUCUGGGGUUCAAGGGGAUAGUGAAAAGCAUGUCUGCAGUGUUUGCCAGGAGACGGACAGACUCCUUUUAGUGAAGCCAUGAAGGAGGAAGGGGUUUUCUAUGAAUCUGCAUAACUGACACGGUCUGUCAGUGAAAUGUAACCAGGUGUGUCACAUGUUACCGUGCCAAAGGUAACAGUGAAGCCUCCAGAGGCGGAGACACCACAGAGAUGGGAGCUGCUUUUCACUAAAAAAAAGUGUGGAAAGAGUCCAGAGAAGAAAAAAGCCAUUGAAAUCAUAGAGACAAUGCAAUGUGACAGAGGUUACAGAUGUUUUUUGGUGACAGGUUAUGAGCUUAGCUGCACUUCAACCUACUGAUGAAAAUACAUAAAAUAGUCUUGAUGUUGAUUUAACAGUAUAUUUGACAUGUAACAUAUUAUUGCGUGCAACAAGGUAUGCAAUAUGUUUAAGCGACAUUUUAUUUUAUAUGUUUUACAGAUUACAGAUUAGAAAAAAACUCUAUGCACAAAUUAAAUAUGCCUUUACUUAUGACGCCAAAGAUAAUUUUGAAAAAAGCUCUUCAAACCACAAGUGAAACCUUUGUACUGCUGAAAAAAGUGACUGAAAAUGUCCCUGUCAGUGCUGUAAUUAAUUCUUUAAACUUAACCGGAUGUAUUUGUAUUUAUUCAAGUCCAAACACUGUAAAUCAAAAGAAAAAAAAGUGUUUUUUAUAUUUAUGAGCUUUCAUGUGUUUAAUUCAUUGAUUAUGUGUCAUGCACAGAAAUGUAUAAUUUGUCUAAACCCUGUUUUACAGCUUACAAGGAUUUAAAUAAAACACAAAAUGUGCCCAAACGUAA